CUCUUUUUAUCGUAAUUCCAUAAUGUUGAUUAGUGGAAAUUUUUUUUUAAACAAUGAUUGUCAAGUGUCCCUUAAUUAGAAAGCAAUAAAAACAGGAAAAUACUUAUCACCUCGGAUUUUUUUUUUUUUAUAUAUAUAACAGCACACCCCAAAGAGUUCCUCUUACACCACUGCAAUUUACCUAAAAUGACAAUGUUUUAAUUUAUUAAUGAAUUACACAGCCUACUUUUUUUAUCACUUUAUAGUUACAUUUAACAUUGUGGAAUGUCCAUGAAACAAGUUAGUUCCUGUUAUCACUUGUUUCCUCACCAGCCUCUCUUUGUUACUCUCUCUAGAAGUUAAUAAGGCAGCUUGUCAUAUUACCGAGAAACCACCGAGAGUGAACUCCUCUGUCACGAACACUUUCCCAUGUCAGAAAAUUGUUACAAAGUGCUGACACUGGAGACUCCUUCCAUAAUGUUAAUGUUAAUGAACACCUCCGUACAGAGAAAACUUCACCGUAUCAACACUUACAUGUUUUUUAAAAAAAAAAAAACGUCUUAAAGAACGACUUUGUUAAGUUACGAUAUGUUUUGUUAAUCAGUUUAUUAUUACUCUUAUGUGGAACGAAUGAGCUGUUACUACAGAAAUGAUAACAUCAGAACGAGCACAUUAAUACAAACCUGUGAUUUACAGCUGUACUAAUGUCAGACCUGCUGUUACAGAAACAUACUCGGCACCUUCUGACCACUAUGAAUCUUAUAUUAGCCACAACAGUAAAAUCAUAUUUCCUUUACUGCUAUGUAAGACGUGUGUAAUGGAAGAUUCUGCUUCAUGUCGUGGAACCAUUCGAUUUGCAUCACCUACCUUUCCCCCACUUUUGAUUCUUCCUUUUAUAAUCGACCUCCCCUUUUCUUUCUAGGGCUUGUCUAAUCUUCUUUAAAGGUCUUUUAUUCGUUCUGUAUAUCCCCACUGUUGUUUGUGGCCUCCCUGUCCAGGCAUGUAGAGAAAGCAUGUAUCCUGUUUGUAGCAGGAGGAGAACACGUGCUCUGGUGAAGGCCUGGGCCAUCUCAGGAUGUCCUGAAUGGUGAAGGUCUCACCGUUUCUUCCUCUGGACACCCCCCUAUGUCAAACAAGAAAUAAAUAAAUAAAUAAAUCUCAUAAAAAAGGACAAUCUUCAGAAAACUAGGUCUCUCUUUACCCAGAAUUUUAUAUCAGCAGUUUCCAAUUUAGUAAAGAAAGUCGUAGAAAUUAAUCUGAUGCCCCCUCAUCAUUAUCCAAUUUACAUUUACCGUUAUUAGUUUGAUGAAUGCUUUUUAUCAUAAGUGGUUUCGAAAUUGAAGUAGGCAGUCUGUCAAAAGUGGUUUCAAACCCUGAAAAUGUCCAGAAUGUGACUUUUAAUUUGAUAAUAUCUAAUUUGUUGCCACAGCAAAAAGUCAGGUUUUUCCAUUUAAGUCAGAGAUUUCUUAGUACGUCUGUAUACAACUGUUGAUAUGGGGGCGGGUUUACAUAUUAGAUCUGUUUGUGAUGUCACUAAAUAUACAGUUUGGCCCAAUCAGGUCUGAGAUUAAAGGCUGGAACAAAGGAAAUUUCAGUGUGCUAAGCUAGCUAGCUUACUCAGCUAGAGUUAAAAAGUGUUAAACAACUCUUAAGGGUUAAGGCAGGUGUAUUUCAACAUAAAAUUACAGAUAUGAUGACAAAUGCAACUUAGUUAACUAGCAGUUAACUAAUUGGCUAAUUAAUUUGCGAGAGCAGGACAUGGGGGCGUUACUUAUAUACAGGGGUGUAAAGUAACAGAUUGCGAAUGCUCUCAUUAAUGAGUACAAUUCCUGAGAUAAAACUCUCAUGGCAUGUCGGCUUUGCCUUCCGAAGCCUGUUGAGAUCUCGGCAUCGAGGAAUCUGGCCUCUAAUCUGAAGAAACAAAUUGAAGUUUCAGUUUUAUCCUCUGAAUAAAAAUAACUUUUAUUCUUACUUACGUAGUUUGUAGUAGGAGUGCUUUUACUCUACUGACAGUACAUUAUUUGGGAAGUAACAGUACAUUGACUUUCAUUCUCUCCACCCCUGCUUAUAUAUAAAGAAGUAUAUUUAUAGCAUUUUUAAAGAGGUUGUUCCUAGGCCAUGUUUAAUAGUUUUUUUUUUACAACACAAUUAAUCAUUUAAAGAUAUUGUAUGUAACAGCUUUCUAAUACAUUUCCUUUCUAACCUAAACAUGUUACUAAUAUUUCAGGACAGCUCGUAAAAGCUAUUACCAGAUGUCAUUUUAUCAGCCUUCAUUCAGCAUUCUUAAGCUCUUAACUACAAUCAAAUCUCUUCACGUUAUAUUCACAUUAGGUUUGUUCACUAAAACUUACCCUGCUAUUUUUAAAUCUGGAAGCUGCCAUGAGGUUACGCCCCAUGUUUUUUUCCUGCGAGCCGCACUCGACAGCGGGUUCAAUAAUGGGACCAGCAGUUGCUCAGAAUUACCUGUUGUGUUCCUCGCCACACAAAAGAGGAUGGCCGGGUCGCCAUGGCAACACCACAGAUGCGUGGCCCUGGCAUCUUAAAGAUCUCUGUUUAUCCCGCGGUUCAAGGGCGCGAGCGAUGGGCCGAAUAUUAUGAAGCUAGUAGUGUGAUGUUGUGUUCUUGAAACCAAUUCUCAAACGCACACACACACAUACACACACACACACACACACAAUGCAAAAGUGCAUGUAAUGCAGGAUGGGACAUAAAAGUGCGCCUGGGUUAGAAAACAGUACAUUUUUAAUAUCUUUUCCCCCCCUUACUUCGCCUGAAGGGAAUUGGCAAAUUGGAGAGCUGGUUUUGUGAGGCUUUUUUUUUUUUUCUUUGCGUGAAAGGGGGCCCUUCACAAACAUCCUUUAUUCCUCUUCUCUUGUUAUGUUUCUUUAUUCGGAGUGUGUUUGUGUGUGCCUUCCCCCUCAUUCACUGCCCCCCUCUCCCCAUCCUCCUCUUGUGUCUCAGAUAAAUGCCACACUAGCCUUUCGCUCAGUGGCACAAUAACCGGACUGUUUCAGGCCUGGAGAGCUACGAUGAAAGAGUGCGCUUUUUAACCUCUAUUUCUGAAAAGCAGAAGGAAGAGUGGGGGAGAAAAGCCCCAGCAGCAGCGCACGCCUUUCUUCUCUCCCCUUUUUUUUUCUUCUUUUUUUUUUUUGUAUGUGUCCAAACCACGGUUGUGUCAUCAUCCUGUUAAGACGUCUUAUUUAAGAGACUUUUUUUUCUUUCGAGGCUCUUAAAAGACACAGGCCUGAUGAUGUGAUCCAGGUUUUGUUUGAAGAUAAAUAUUGAAGGCCAAAUUGAGAUGGCAGUGUAGAUGCUGAUUUGUUAAGUUGUACAUAUUACUAUUAAUGGUAUAUUCAAAGUUUGUGUAGAUCUAAUCACACCUAGUCUGUGCGACAUGUUAAUUGUGGAGUUUACCCGGUAGUGUGUCUCAUUUAUUUAGCAUGUGGAAGGAGUCAUAAACUGUGUUUGGGUACAAAAUCGUGGCAUCAGUGGUCAUACAGUAUUUGUUUUUACAUACAAGGCAACCGUCUUUGGAGUUUUGCCUCCUCUUGGAUCCUUGUCGAUUUGCAUUUGUUUUUUCCUUCCUUUAUUCAAAACAUCCAGAGACCCGUACCUGUGUGGAGGGGACUGAGCGGGGGCUGUCCCUGGCAGGGAAGUGGAAAAUCCAUAUUAAAGGACCAUUAUGACCUGGAGUAUAAAGAAUAAAGAGUCUCUACUCGCUAUCCCCCAUUGUGCAACAUGGUUGAAUAAUGGCAUGCUGAUUUCCUUCACAUGUUAGGAUGUUUCAUUUGUAGAGAUGGCUUAGACUGGAUUGAACAUUUUAUGCAUUUAUUAAAAAUUUGGUUGACACAUCUGUUUGGAAAGCUUAAAGCUAACUGUAAACAGAGUUAUGCCUGACUGACAGUGGAUAAAUAGCAUCCAUGACAGUCAUGACUUUUUAAUUCGAAAUUUACCAGAUGAAUGCUGUCAUUGUUUGUAAUCGUUUGCAUUUUAUUUGUUGAGGAGGUUUACGGAGAAAAUGAAAUUUGUUUAAAUAACCAGGGAGACACUUUCUUCUCCCAUUAUCCUGAUGCAGCAUUAAACGGCUUAAAUAAAGAGCUUGAAUAGCUGCUUUAAGUGAGUUAUACGAACAGCAUCCCUGUUUAUUGAGCAUGUAUUGCAUUUUGUUCUGCUUUAUAAUACCCAGUAUUACAUUUUUCCCCCACUUUCUUGCAGUGUCAUUAAAUUGAUCAGAGACUGAUUAACAUUUGAAUGGCAUUUGAAUGAAAUAUUUUUAAAUUAAUAUCAAAUUACGGUCACCACAUAAACAGAAAGCUCUUUUUUUAUCCAGUAUUUAUGCCUAUUUAAAAAUAUGGUAUAGUAUGCACAGCGAACUAUAUGUAAAUAUUGAGAAGGCAGUCCUGUCAUGCAAAUGCCACAGUUUGCUUUGGAUAAAGGCCUCCUUUUGUGGCCACACUGUGUCCCAGACAGAGCCAGGGAUAGUCUGCAAAGCAAGAAGAGCGUUUCCAUUCCGAGGAGGUCACCGAGCACUCAGGUCAUAGAGAACCUCGGCAGCUGUGCCAUGACUUGCUUCACCGCUUUCCCACGCUGGCAAACGGCACUGCACAUGAGAGAUGAGCUGUGGAUGACAAGGGCUGAUCAGAAAUUCUUGAGAAUGUGUGAGCCCAGUCCUCCUGCGAUACAACCCCAUGCUGGUGGUAACGUGACCAUGGUGGGCAUUGGCAUCAAGCUGGAGGAGGCGCCUGGAGAUGGAGGCGGAGUCAGGGAGUCACAGCAGUCCUCGCCUACAUGCGAUUGGUCAUCACGGCCGCCAGCCGAACGAGACGAUCCUGAGAAGUCAAAGACUCGCAGCACUCAGUCCCCUUCGGCAGGUUCACCUAGCAAAGAGCAAGCACACACACUUAGUCCCAGCAGUCAGGAUGUGCUGAACAGGCCCAACAGCAGGCCCGAGGCCCAGCCGAAUGUCAGCGAGGUGCUGCCCACAAUUGAGAAAAUCCUGAACGCAGACUGGAGAGAGAAGAUCUUGGGAAAGGGAUUGCAAGGCACUGCCAAUGUGAAAGGCACUCCAGAAAGCCUGGCUGAGAAGGAGCUUCAGCUGUUGCUGAUGAUUAACCAGUUGUCUGGGCUGAGGGAGCAGUUGCUGGGAGCACACUCGGAGCAGAGGAACAUGGCCGCCCUGCUCCUGGAGAAACAGCAGCAGCAGAUGGAGCUGGCCCGACAGCAGCAGGAACAGAUUGCUAAACAGCAGCAGCAGCUGAUCCAACAGCAGCACAAGAUCAACCUGCUGCAGCAGCAGAUCCAGCAGGUGAAUUUGCCCUAUGUGAUGAUCCCGGCUUUCCACCCAAACACACAGCCACUGCCCGUGUCCUCUGAUACACAGAUGGGGCUCCCGCUUCAGCCCAUUCCCUGCAAGCCAGUGGAAUAUCCCAUGCAUCUACUCCCAAACCCUCACUCCACCCCUAUCAAAAGAUCCAGUGGUACAGUCUUUCGACAGGAGAGCAGUCAGCCAUUGAACCUCACAGCCAAACCCAAGAGCCCCCAGAGCCUGGAUCUUCCAUCUUCCCACCUCCAGUCCACCUACAGGACUAGAGAGCUACAGCACAGCCCCCCUCGACCUGCGCUUAGCCUGGGCUUCUUGGGAGAGGGGGAUAUUGUGAGCCAAACCAUCCAUGAAGCCCAGCAGCUGUUGCGAGGAGGCCAAGGUCCAGCGGGCCGAGAGAGGGACAGCAGCACAAGGCUGAAUGAUUAUAAGGAAGCAUCCCGAGCUGACCGCAUACUCCAUGCCGACCGCGCGGAGGACGGACAGUCCAUACGGACGAAUGACGAGCAUCUCAGCAGUGACUCUGAAGGACAGAUCGUCUCUGGAGUGGGAGGCUACACCGACAGCCGGAGCUCCUCUUCCGGACACAUCAAGAGACCCAUGAACGCCUUCAUGGUGUGGGCGAAGGACGAACGCCGGCGCAUCCUACAAGCCUUUCCUGAUAUGCAUAACUCAAGCAUCAGCAAGAUCCUGGGCUCACGCUGGAAGUCCAUGUCCAACCAGGAGAAGCAGCCGUACUAUGAGGAGCAGGCCCGGCUGAGCAGACAGCACCUGGAGCGCUACCCAGACUACAAGUACAAGCCCCGGCCGAAGCGCACGUGCAUCGUGGAGGGCAGGCGGCUGCGCGUGGGCGAGUACAAAGCCAUGAUGAAGAGCCGCAGGCAGGAGCAGCGCGCUUCGUACCCAUCCAGUCAGUCAGAUCAGCAGCUGCACUACUCCACGGGUGAGGCUCCGUACUCCACCAAAACCAUGUCCAUGACGCUGCCUCUGCACCCUUCCCUUCUGGAGCACUACCUCCCUCGUUCUCUCGAGCCACCCCAAGCCCCACGUGGCCCAGAGGAAGCGGACGGGCCCCGUUCCAAAGCGCCGUACAGCGAGGGAGAAGAGAGUGACGGAGGAGAGCGCAGCGAGGGCGAGCUGGUGGUUCUCACUGACUGACGGGGGGGCGGGAUGAGAGAACAGGGUGCUGUGAGGUGAAAUGUUUGGGUUUCUGGGGCAAGGUGCUUUCAGGUGUUGAGGGCUCACAGUUCACCGAGGAGUGAAUCUUUGCUUUUCCUAGACUACUUUACGCCAGCGGUGAUGACAAUGUUGAGGGACGGCUUAUUAAAAAAAUGCUAGUUAUUUAAAAUAAUAAUAAUAAUAAUAAAUGCAUUUGACAGUCCUUCAGUGCUGCUGUUGGUCAGCGUGCUGCACUUUCCUUCAGUGAAAAGGGCUUUAAAAUGCAGAUCAGAGGAAGAAAUGAGCAUAUGUGCAGCAGAUAAACACUGGGAAAUCAGGCUUAACAGUGUUAUGCUAAAUUGCAUAAAUGCAUACUAUUUACACCAAAAUGUAUCCUGUCAAUGUGUAACGCUUACAACUUAGUUUUGCACUAGGGCUACCAGACGAAUGGAGCGAACAUUAAUGGAAACGUAUGCAAAAAUGCUCUUUUUGGGUGCAAAUCUAUAGAAAACGUUUCAUUAUUGGACAAACGAUUCCUUUAAUUCAAGCUGAACUCAAUCAAUUAAUUUACAAUUUAAAAAAAAAAUCAAAUUAAACAUGCAGAAUUUACCUCAAAACAUGGCCGAUCAGCUAGGACAUGUUUGGUUUAGUUUUGCACUGGAGCUACAAGGCUAAAAUCUUGGAGACCAAACAUGACGUUCUUAUAACUUUCCUUUUUGGCCCAUCAAUUUUUGUAACGAAUGAGGAACAGGGGUGUCAAACUUCCGGCCCGUGGGCCUGAUCCAGCCCGAUAAAGGUUCUAAUCUGGCCAAGCAAAUGUACUUAGAAUCUGUUUUCUAAAUUAAAAUCAUCUUGUGGACCAUAAUUGAAUUGAACAAUUUGAAAAAAUCCACUAGGGGCAAAAACAGAGCAAUAAACUCGUGCCUCUAAACUCAGCUAGUGACAAAACGUGCUAAUGAUGUAAUUCUUCAACUGCAAGGUAAAAAUAAAUUUGAUGCUGAAGAACCAGAUUUAGGGGUUUCACAGCAAUGAAAAUGGUGAAUACUUAUGCAAUCACCACUUUUACUUUUUUUUUAAAUUAUUUUUAUUUCAGAUAAAUGCAGAUUUGUGUGGUAUUGGCCUACUAAACUGUUUUUUAUUUUGGUCCAGCCCACAUGACGUUGGACUAAAUGUAACGUGGCCCGUUACCUAAAAUCUGUCAGAGACCCUUGAUAUAGAGCAUCUUUGAAUUUUAAUUGUAAAUUUUUUUGUGUUCAAUAAUACUGAUAUUAAACAUCUCUAACAUGCCUGUAAUGUCACUAUAGUAGCUGAUACAAAGGUGCUGAAACAUACGCUAAAUUAUGUUACAAGCUGCCAAGACACAGGUCAAACUGGUAGAACAGAACAAGUUUCUGAAUUACGGCUACCAAUCCUACAUCACCGACAAGUUAUUUUAAGCAAAUAACGCAACAGUGAGGCAUUUAGAAAAUUGCCUUACCUCAGAUGUUGAAUUAAUCAAUGUAAUCACGUAAUAAGGAAGCUGGAAAAUAAGUAACGAGCUGCCAAAGAGAUGGGCUACCAGUUUCACCGGCUCAGCCUGUGUUCAAGCUUUUAUUUUUAGCUGCUCACACCAAGCUGGAUUUUUUUUUUCAGUAGUGAAAGCUGGAAUCCUUUAAUAAGUUUAUGUAAACUUUUAACUAAUCUACAUUUUAACUGUUCCCAGCAGUCUCGUUCUAAAAUAUAUAUUAACCUUAAAUCAACUGCAGACAAAGCAAAUUAUUACUUUUAAUGUAUAAUCUGUGUUUAAUCCUAUCGAAACAGUGAUGUAAGAAUACUGUCUCGGAGUUGAAGACGCUUUAAACUGUUUAAAAUGUUGUUUGCUGUUAUUACCAUUGUUAACGUCACCUAGUCUUUGCAAACGCUUCCCCUGCCUUAAGUUCGAGUUCCUGUUCAGAGCCGAAUGCGGUACUUUCCACGCCUGGAGUGCUGAAAGAUAAACAGCUACAGAUGCUUAUCUAUGAAGGGAAAGGGAAUUUUUUUUUUUUUUAAAUUCAGCCCAGUUUUACUGAAACUAUGCUUCAGGAACUUCUGUAGGAAAAGCUGUAUGAGUUCUACCCUAAAUCUUGUGUGUACACUCUCUGAAGUAAAAGGUACCAAAGUGUAUUUUCCUCGUCGCCGGCAUGGUACCAUUUGGCAUCAUUUGUGCCUUUAGUGUGUAUCUUUUAUCUGGGAAGGUGCAUGGUCAAGUUAUGUACCUGAAAUUAUUUUGAAAGGUGAAAGAUACAUACUGAAGGUACAAAAGAUGUUGAUAGUACCACUCUAGCACCAACGAGCAGUACGGUUUGGUACCUUUAUUUCUGAGACUGUACAGUAGAUUGCUCCCUCUGCUGUUUAGGAGUGCUAUUGACCUCAAAUGCUUAUCGAGUCCUACAGUGUGUGAGGCACACAGGCAUGUAAAAUGCACUUUUGUAUUAAAAAAAAAUAGCACCUAUAUAUAAAAACAUAUAAGUUUGAGAAGUAUCAGUAAAGUUUAUAAAGGAAUACGUGAGCAGUAAUCCAUCUGGCCUUGCUUUGUCCCCAUCAUUUUGUUCAGUUUGUGUAUAUAGCGUGGGUUUGCGUUUACGUUUCUAACUAUUUGAUUUAUUGAAUGAUCAUUCCACCUCACAGCUCAUGACCAUGCCAGCUAUACAAACGUUGUAACCGCCAUUUUAACGCUUAUUAUUAUUAUUUUUUUUAGCUGGAAUGAGAUUGAGAAAUAAAAAAGAAAAUCAGUAACUAGAGAAGCUGAGGAAUGAAAGUAUGGUCUAUCAUUAGCUGGCAUAUAAAACAAACAUGCUGGAAUUGUGUACAUAAUUUAAAAUAGGAGAGGAUACAGUUUGUAUCUUACCUGUAAAAUCAGAUUUUAGGGGAAAAAAGUUAUGAUUUGGUCUACUGUUGAAAAAACCAGCUGUUGUAAAUAUAGAUUAUAGACUUUAUUUUGUUUAUAAAAGUGUAUAAGUUAAAGGUGUACAUUUUCCCUGUAUGUUUUGGUUUGUUUUGAGGUUUUAAUAAAAUAUUUGUGUUCCUUUUGCAGUUA